CGGGGGCGUUUCCAAAUAGACCGUUAAAAACCACAGACGCCGCUUUUCAAACUUCACUCGGCACGUUUGCCUGAGACCACCACCGGGGACAAGGGUCGGCCCUGGAGUCUUCUGGUACUCCAGAAUCAAAAAGGACUGUGACUGUGAUGGAGACUAUGCAAGACCUGAUCCCGUUCACCAGGGAGUUGCUGGCCCAGGGGGCCGGUGGACGCAUGGUGAAGGUGUACCUGGUGGGCACUGCAGUGGCUGCGCUGGGGGUGGCGCUAGGCGUGGUGGAGACCAUCUGCCAGCCGUUCUCUGCCGAGGAGUCACUGGACGAGGAACUGGAACGGCCGCUACGUAAGGUCCGACGCGUGCGGGGUGCGACAGAGGCCCGACGGCGGAGUAAUGGCGAGGAGCAGGGUGCGGAGGUGGAGGCGCUGAGGGUCCAGGCUAAGAAGGAGCCGCUUGUAGCGGCAGGUGGAAGGAGGAACUCUGCGACCAGGCUACACGCUUCCUAGAGGUUCCCUGACAGACCAGCCCAAAUGCACAUCCCAUAUUUAUUUCAGAAACACCCCCUCCCCCUCCCACAUUGUGCACCUUGCAUUAACACACUCCACAAGGCUCAGACAGAAAACAAAGCACAACCUUCCCCCUGCUGUCCGUCCAUAAACACCAGCCACAGGAAGACCGGUAGGGGUGUUACGCUCGGAUGCCACGUGACAAGACGCCCUCAGACAGACGCUGGACCGUCUCUCCUAACCUAGGCCUUGCCAUUGCUAAUCGGGGGCGGUUUUUGGGAUUUCCGAGUGUUGUACUCUCAGCGUGUGUGAAAUCGCUAUCUUUGCUGUGAAUGCGGCGAGAUGUUAUGUUCAGCGAGAGGAAACGUGCUGAAUUCCAAUGCUGGAGCUGUAUCAUUUUUAAUGUAAAAAGCCAAAUUUAGUGAUGCAAUGUGCUUUAAACCAUGGGCUGUAAAUAAAAUACAUUCCUAACCAAGCUUA